CAGCGCGCAGUGAACCCACUGGUUUCCAGGUGGCGUGUCGCUGCAGACGCAUCGCCUCCUCAUUCUGCUCCGCGUCGUUUGGACACGUUAGCUCGGAGCGCCUCUCAUCCUCGCGGACUCAGCGCGCGCGCCCGCCAGCGGACAUGGGGAUCUGCAGACUCUCAGCGCUGCUAUCACUGAUCGGAGGCGUUUUGUUUAUUUUACCUCAUUGUCUUGGGAAAAAUGUCCCGAUCAGACUGCAAAGUGGAGACAACUCCUCCUUAUCUGAAGGGAAAGGCGAAGGGCGCCCUCGUGUGACGAGGUCAGAGGUCGCCUGCGACAGCGGUUUUGAUGAGUUCUGCAUGAACAACGGCAAGUGCAUGUUCCUGGUGGACUUGAACGAGCGCCACUGCCAGUGUGACAUCGGCUUCUCUGGUCCCAGGUGUAUCAACCCCGACAUGGUCCGUCAAAAAAUGGCAGGGGAGGAAAUCGUUUUGAUCGUUUUCUGCGUGGGUUUGCUGUUGAUAGGUCUGGCUGGAGCGUUGUACUUCUUCUUUAAGUGGUACAAGAAAAACAAAUUCCCACGGCAGCAGAAACGGCAGGGAUACAGAGGCGUCCAGUUGGUUUAAGGUGUCACACAUCCACCUUCUGAAAAGCACCAAGCAGGACUGUUAAUGUUUUAUGAAUCUAGCUCAGCACACUUUGAUGUUUCCCAACAUGCUUAGAGACCGAGGGGCCGGUGCUCCUCGUCUCUGUGGGGCAGGCCGAUCGUCACAAAGAGAUUAAGAUGCUUUCAGAAGCCGCCUUGUUUGUGGAGCGAUCGUUUUCCAGCUGUACUUGUUCUUAAGUUUCGCCGACUUACACCUGAUUUGAAAAGAUGAAUAGUGAGACGCACAAGAAUCUUUUUGUGCGAGCGAAACCGCCCACGUGACGGUGGAGAAUUCACUGAACAGAACCCCCGUCCCUGUAGGAACUCGCUCCGAUCCGGGCUUUGUGUGCGAUUAAUGGUUUUGUCGUGACAGACAGGAAGCCGAGGAUUGAAUGAGACAACAUUCUUAGAAUUUAAUUAUCAUUUCACGGUUUGUGUUUCACUUCUCUUCAAAGAUCAUUGACUAAAUCGCUCAGUGACGGAUUUAAAAACAGAAACUAGCCUGUAAUAAUUUCACCUAUAGUCACCUGUUGUAUUUAUUGUGGUGUUUGACAUUUGGGAUUUAAAAUGUUAAAAAAAAGUUUUGUUAUUAUUUAUGUAGAAAAAUGUAACUUAUUUUCAAGUGUUGAUUGACUGUAGUUUCACCAGUUGCUCUAAAGCUUUAUAACUUCAUAUUUUUUAUGUGCAGUUCCAUUUCAUGAUGUGUGCGAGCGUUCACAUUCUUGUCGUGCAGCCUGAAAUUCUUCAACGUCAGAUGACCUCGUAGCAGAAAAGCUAUUUUACAUAAAAUGUUGAUUAAAGAAAUU